AUGACUGCAAAGUGGAGCCGGGGCCGGGAAGGCCCAUGUAUACGCACUGGUGUAUGACUUCAGGUAUCGGUAAGACUGUAACGUAUGUGCUACCGCUGUGGGGCAAACCAGACUCGACCCCACUGGACUGGUACUACCAACACAUCCAGGUCAGACCCAGCGAUGCCUGUCGCUCUACAAUCCACUGUGUCUUGCUAACAAUUUCUACUAUAUGCAACGUUCGGCCAGUGGUCCGUCUUCAAGAUCCCCGACUUCACUUCCUUUGAGCCACUCCCCAUGUAUUUUCGUUGACGAUGGUUCGGUAGUCCCUUUGCAGUUGCUAGAGCGUCAGUGGGCCACAGCAACUAGUCUGGAUACAGGAGUCAUCCAUCGACAGGUCCUUCCGGACGCGCGAGUGCAGCUGAAGUCGCCGAUUUUGUCGACUGGUUGGCCUCUGAGUAGCUUAUCGCACAUCCCGAAGGUCAGACUGUCCUGUUUGAAGACGAGUAGUCUGGCCCAGUUUUUGUCUACUGCAUCGUCAACUCCAGGGUUGUCGUUGUACGUAUCCUCUGUCCACUCGUCUACUUCGCUUCCGGAACAUUUCGCCUGUAUCGUACACUCCAAUUUCUCACUGCAACCGAGCGCAUUCACAACCCCCUUGUUUCCCUCUGUUUCACCGCUCUGGAAGUAGGCACCGUCAACGGAAUCUUUGUGGAACAGAUGCCAUCCGAUACCUUGCUAACGAAGACGGAUCGUCGGGCAUUGUCUCCAAACAUUCGUGCCACCAUGGCUUGUGGGUUGCUACCAAGGCGUUGGAGAUACAGUUCGAGGAUGCGUAU